UUGUCGCCCAGCCGUCGGAGUGGUAGGACGUGCCGCGCCAGAGCGCCAGCCUCCGCAGCCUUCACGCCGCCUCCAGAGCCUCCAGAGCCUCCGGCCGCCGUGUCGCUCAGACCAGCAGUCAGCCAGCACUGCCGUGACGUGAUGGCGCCCACACCGACGCCCGGCCCGACUCCGGUGGCCGCGGCCGCACCCGGCCUCCGCCAGCGGUCCUCCUCGUGCCACUCGCUCAACGCCUCCGAGUUCGUCCGACCGGACCUGCCAUCCCGCUGCACCUGGUCGGCAGCCGCCGACGCCAAGACCAGCCCCCACACCCACUGCGCGCCUCGUGAGGAGCUUAAGGUGAUGCCGGACAUUCUGCAUCAGAUCGGACGCACGCCGCUCGUGCGCCUCAACAAGAUCCCCCAGUCGCUCGGCCUGAAAUGCGAAAUGCUGGUGAAGUGCGAGUUCUUCAACGCCGGCGGCAGCGUCAAGGACCGCAUCGCCCUUCGCAUGGUGAAUGACGCGGAGAAGGACGGCAUCCUCAAGCCCGGCUCGACUUUGAUCGAGCCAACAUCUGGAAACACAGGAAUCGGUUUGGCGCUGGCCGCCGCUGUCAAGGGCUACCGCGCCAUCAUCGUCAUGCCGGAGAAGAUGUCCAACGAGAAGGUGGCGACGCUGCGCGCACUGGGUGCGGAGAUCGUGCGCACGCCCACCUCUGCCUCGUGGGACUCACCCGAGAGCCACAUCUCGGUGGCGCAGCGCCUCCAGAAGGAGAUCCCGGACGCCGUGAUCCUGGACCAGUACCGUAACCCGGGCAACCCGCUGGCGCACUACGACACCACCGCGGAGGAGAUCCUGCAGCAGUGUCAGGGCCGCGUCGACAUGGUAGUGGCAGGCACGGGCACGGGCGGCACGGCCACCGGCGUGGGCCGUAAGCUUAAGGAGAGGUGCCCCGAGUGUGUGAUCGUCGGCGUCGAUCCGCACGGCUCGAUCCUGGCACACGAGCCGCAUGAGGUGAUCGACGCACAGUUCUACGAGGUGGAGGGGAUCGGCUACGACUUCUACCCGACCGUGCUAGACCGCUCGGUGGUGGACGUGUGGGUGAAGGGCGAGGACAAGGCGUCGUUCCUGAUGUCUCGUCGGCUGAUCCGGGAGGAGGGUCUGCUAUGCGGCGGCAGCAGCGGCACCGCCGUCGAGGCCGCCUGCCAGGCCGCCCGUGACCUGCCCGAGGGCUCCCGUGUGGUGGUAAUCUUGCCGGACAGCGUGCGGAACUACAUGACCAAGUUCCUGGACGACGAGUGGAUGGCCGAACGGGGCUUCUGCGACGCGGUUCCGACGAAAUACGAAUCCUGGUGGGGGCAGCAGCGGAUCGCUGUACUGGACGUGUCGACGCCUCUGACGGUGCUGCCGAGCGUUUCCUGCCAGGACGCCAUCGAUAUCAUGAACCACGAGGGCUUCGACCAGCUGCCCGUGGUCGACCAGCAUGGGGACGUGCGGGGCAUGGUGACGCUGGGGUCGCUCAUGUCGAAGCUGGUCAACAGGAAGGUGGAGCCGUCCACGCCGGUCGGCGAAGUGCUAUACGGCCAGUUCCGGAAGGUGUCGCUAGAUGGCACGCUUGGCAGCCUCUCGCGCAUCCUCGAGAAGGACCACUUCGCCCUUAUCGUCCACGGCCAGAAAAUAUUCGUGGACAAGGCUCAGACGGAGACGAAGGAGGUCAUCAUCGGCGUGGUGACGCAGAUCGACCUGUUGUCCUACAUCAUGGAUGCUGAGACGCAGGCCGAGCCGAGCCGGGCCACCUUCACCUGCUCCUAGUGGCAGCGCUUGGCCGGCGGGAAGUCGGCCGCCGCCCGGCGCCGGAGCCGCCCAGCGGGCCGCCUCCGAACGACGCGUCUACGCGUGGAUUGCAUCCGAAUAUACUGGAUAUUUGCGAGUCGGAAUAUACUGGAUUUUGAGA